GGAGGAGUACCCGUUUUUUCUUUCCCCUACCCGAACAUGGCUGGGCUGUUCGACCAAAACCUGUGCACACAAGCACACGUCAGCAGCGCCCUGCCCUCGAAUUCGGACGUUCUGACGGCCCGCCGGGCGGAGGCAGACCCACCCCCCGCCGGCGUUGGAAGUCUCCCUUGGGGAAACGGCAGGCGGUCUGUCUGUGCAAAUGAUCGAGAAGAAGAGCUGGAAGAAUACCUCCCUCGCGAGAUGCGACACACACGGGACUGAUAAUAACAAAAUAGACUUUUUCUCUCCCUCCCGCUACUUGCUAAUUGGCGACAAACGAGGGCCAGUGGCGUGCGUCCGACCUG